AUGAGACUCACACUUAAUGGGCCUUUAAAGAAAGAACUUAUAUCUGGUAAUGGGUUCCAAAGGCCUGAUAAUAGUCAAAGGCCCAGUCGUUCUAGUCUACAAAGGAAGAAGAACGAACGCAACAAGGAGAAACUCACCAGCCUCAGCCUCAGCCUCAGCCUCAGAUCAUUCAAAACUCUAGAAACAGAGGACCAAAAACAACAACCUUCUUCUUCGUCUCCGGAUCAGAAGAAGUGGGGUACUCACGUGAUGGGAGCUCCGGCUGCUCCCGUAGCUCAUCCCGAUAACCAACAAGCGGCGGCGUGGGUCGCCGGAGAUAACCAUCAGACUCAGUACCAACCGUACGUCAUCUACUCUCCUGUCGAACAUCCACCAACUACCAACAGCCCUCUCGAGCCAGUCAUCGGAAUGUUCCAUACCUGGAGCCACAAGGCUGAAACCGUCGCACGUAACCUCUGGCACAAUCUGAAGACAGGGCCAUCUAUGUCGCAAACGGCAUGGGGAAAGGUUAAUUUGACGGCAAAGGCGAUAACAGAGGGAGGAUUCGAGUCGCUGUUCCGGCAGAUAUUCGGAACAGAGCCAAACGAGAGGCUGAAGAAAACUUUCGCAUGUUACCUCUCAACGACGACGGGACCUGUCGCUGGAACUAUCUAUCUCUCUAAUGCUCGUGUAGCUUUCUGCAGUGACCGUCCUCUCUCCUUCGCAGCACCUUCUGGCCAAGGAGCUUGGAGCUACUACAGGGUGGUGAUACCGUUGGGGAAUGUUGCUACGGUUAAUCCGGUUGUGAUGAAGGAGACUCCGCCUGAGAAGUAUAUUCAGCUGACGACGGUGGACGGGCAUGACUUUUGGUUCAUGGGUUUUGUGAACUACGAGAAGGCUUCGCAUCAUCUGCUCACUAGCGUCUCGGAUUUUCAAACCGCACACGGCUCUGUGUCUGGUUAAAACCAUAUUCUUUAAUGUUUCUAUGUCUUUUUGACUUUGGUUUUCUUUAUUUGUAUGGUUGGUUUCUCCCUUGCAGAUGCUUAUAUAAGUUUAUACAUAUAUGUAAAUUGUGCAUCAGAGCUGGACUUUUGUGAGUCUCCGAUCUCGAUUCGUCUUGUGUUAAUAUAGUUUGGUUUUCACUUGAUAUAUCUGAUCUCUUUUGUAAUACUAGUUUCAUUUAAAUUAAUUUAACGACCUUUGAGGCGAA